AUGAGCCUCGAAGUUCAUGGCAUACAAGCCAGUCAUACAUUUCUACAAGGACCUCCUAUUCUCAAAGCAGAAGUGAAAGGCCAGCAGAGCGAGCUCAUCCUAGCUGUGUUCCUGACCAAGCUUGUCCUCCUGUUGGUGAAAUCUCAAGGCACAAACACAGAAAUGAGCCAGGAGAAAGUGAUAUACGUGGAGCCAAAAUUCCUGUAUUCAGAGAAAAAGGAGGACAAAAGAUAUCAGAGUCACAAAAGGAAAGAAUCUCCAUGGCAUAUCAUUGCAAUAAUCCUGGGAAUUGUAUGUUUGUUUCUCCUACUGGCAAUCACAGUCUUAGGAUAUAUGUAUUUUGAGACAAAUUCUAAGUGCAAUACACAAGAUAUGAAAGACACAAAUGAAAGAAAUGCUUCUGUACCAGGAGCUGAGGAUCACUCAGUUUUACCACCUAGCACAGUUAAAGGCUAUGGUAUAUAUCAAGGAAAAUGGUCCUGCUAUGGAAAAGACUGUUACUAUUUUUCAAAAGAAGAGAAAACUUGGAUGGAGAGUAAGCAGUCAUGCCAAGACCUGGGCUCUAGUCUCAUUAAGAUUGAUGACCAAGAGGAGCAGGUCUUCAUACAAUCAAAAAUAAAAUACAGUCAUUGGAUUGGGUUAGAGAAAAGAGGGGUUCAUCAUCCCUGGAAGUGGCUGGAUGGCACAAACACUUCUAAGAAUCUGGAUUUCCAGAAUUCAAAUGAUGGACGAUGUGGAUGCCUCAAGUCAAUAAAUAUUAUUCCUGAAGUUUGUACUAAGCUGUUGCCUUAUAUUUGUAAAAAAAGUUUACUUGCCUUGAUAAUUAAUUGAGUUACUGUGAUCAAUGUCUUAAUACAUUCAUCCUUUAAUAGAUAUUAGGAAACAAACUUAAAUUAUUCACUAAUAUUACUCAACUAUGUAUGAUUUAAAAAGGAUUAUGUUAUCCCAAAAUCUGUGAGGAAAGACAAAUAAGUUUUAUAUAUAGAAAAUGACAAAUCCAAUUCUUGUAAUUUUUUUAAUUUCAAGAAUCAGUAAGUCAGAGAACAUGAAACAAAUUCAUUGAACUGAAUAAUGAUUUUAUAUUUAUUUUUCUUAAUCAUUUAAUUGAAUAUAUUUGAAUAGAUAAUUAAUACAUUCAGAUUGCUCAAACUAUGAGAUAUGAAAUAAUGAGCAAAGUCUCUUUACUUAUAUUAUUUCCUAUUCACCUAGUUUUCUUGUUAGAGGCAAAUACAAAACUAGUUUCCUGGAUAACUAUAAAUAACGGUUCUAUUUCUUUAUAUUUUAAUGUAAAAAUUACCUUGCAGAUUGUCCCAUAUCAGUACUUAAAGUGCUGUCUCAUAUUUUGUAAAAGAUUGCAAGUAUUGCACUAAAUCCCUGGAGAAGGAAAUGGCAACCCACUCCAGUACUCUUGCUUGGAAAAGCCCAUGGAUGGAGGAGUGUGGUAGGCUACAGUUCACAGGGCUGCAAAGAGUUGGAUACAACUUCACUUUCACUUUUUCAUUGCACUAAAUGGAUGCACCAAAAUUUAUUAAACCAGUUUAUUUCAGUGAGUAUUUAGGUUUGCCCCAGAGUUUUGUAAUUAUAGAAAAACUUUGCAUUAAAAAAUACUUAAUAUAUUAACUGUUAUUUGCUAUACAUCUUACCUAUAUGGGAAAUAUCCAUGAAUGUAAUUUCUGUGUCAACAGAUGUAUAUAUUACAUUUUAAUUGAUAUUUAUUGUUUAAAUAGAGAUUAUACACCUAUUAUAUCCAAAUAGCAAUGUUCAAGGGUGACACUCUCACAUCUUUACCAUAAAAGCAUAUUAACAAUCUUUUUGA